AUGUCUGCUUUCAAGAACCCUGCUACUUCUACCCUGCUUGACUUGGUCAAGAGUCGCCGUACCUACUACGGUCUGAAGGCCGAGAGCCCUAUCUCGGAUGACGCUAUUCAGCGUAUCGUCGAGGACUCCGUCCUCCAUGUCCCCAGCUCCUUCAACACCCAGACUUCUCGCGUCGUUCUCCUGCUGAAGGAUGAGCACAAGAAGCUCUGGGACCUGACCAUCAAGGUCUUCGAGGGUCUUGUCGCGGCCGGCCACGUCCCCAAGGAACAGUUCGAGAGCAGCACUCUCCCCAAACUGAAUGCCUUCAAGGCCGGCUACGGAACCGUUCUUUUCUUUGUUGACUUCGAGUCCCUGGCGGCUAUUAAGGAGAAGUUCGCCAUCUACGCAGACAAGUUCGACCCCUUCGCGACUGAGUCCGUCGCUAUGUCUCAGUACCUUGUCUGGCUCGCUCUUGAAGCCGAGGGUUUCGGCGCUAACCUUCAGCACUACACCCCUCUGAUUGAUGAGGAGGUCGCCAAGGCCUGGGAUCUUCCCGCUUCCUGGAAGCUUGAUGCUCAGCUUGUCUUCGGCGUUCCCCAGAACCCCUCUGAGCCAGCCGAGAAGCAGUUCCAGCCUCUCGAGAGCCGCUUCAAGGUCUUCGGGAAAUAA